CAAAUCUUUUAAGGUUAUGCUUUUGCAUUGUGUUGGGUUUAUCAUAAUUUUAAAUGUGGUGAAUAUUAGUUAAAUAAUGGAUAUCGUUAAUGAGAUAUUAGAAAGAGAGCAGAAGAAGGCGGAGAAGUAUAAACCAAUCACAGUUGAAAAGCAUUUAGAACUAGAAUUCGACAUAGGAACACUCUUAGCUUCGGACACAAAUGAUUUGGACACAAAAGCACUGAGAUCAAACAAAGAUGAAUAUUUGCAAGCUCUGUCCAGAGAUAACACACAGUUGCUACUCAACAAAAUCUGGGAACUACCCACGGAGAGACUCGACGAAGCCAUUGUGGUGAGGCUGCCCGCGCCGAAGACCGUUCUCCCGCGGUCUAAGCCGGUGCCGAAGCCCAAACCCCUCACCAAAUGGCAAGAGUUUGCUAAAGCUAAAGGGAUCACAAAGAAAAAGAAGGACAAACUUCACUGGGAUGAAGCUUUACAGAAAUGGGUGCCUUUGUAUGGUUUCAAGAAGGCAGCUGCAGAAAAAGAAAAGAACUGGGUUAUUGAAGUGCCUGGCAAUGCUGAUCCUAUGACAGACAUGUUUGAGAAGAAAGCGAGUGAAAAGUCAGAGAAAGUUGCCAAGAAUGAGCUGCAGAGGCUCAAGAACAUUGCCAGAUCUAGGAAAGUGAAGAUACCAAGAGUGGGGCUGCCAGUCACCUCUGACAAGGCUUCUGCAUCACAGCUAAAUACUGCAGCAAUAGUGGCCAAGGCAUCCACAGCUUCACUUGGAAAGUUCCAAGACAAAUUACCAAAAGAGAAGGAAGCCAGAGGGAAGGGUAUUCAUGAACUGAUACCGGGGAAAGAACGCAAGAGGAAGGCGCCCAUACCCAACUCUACAGUGGAGAAAGAAAAUAACUUGAACCUACUUGACAGAAUCCUGAACAAGAGACCCAAAAUUGACUUGGACAAGGCAGUCAACCAGCACAUUCACCAUGAGCAAGUCGAGAGGUCAAAUGAAAAGAAGAACUUCAAACCUUCCAAAGGCAAAGGCAAGGGGAAGGGCAAUGCCAGCAACUUCUCUGCCAAGAAGCCAAAGGCCGGCAAGGGUCAGCGGAAUCCCGGCAAGACCAGUCAGGGACGGAAGAGGAGAUAAGAGUAAUAUACUCUAUUUUUUUCUUUAUUUACCCCCCACAAUACAGUCUGUUAUCCUACA